AGCGGCCCUCUCUUGCCCUCCUCACACGGCUCAUCAGGAUGCAGGUGGAGCGCAAAAAACGCAAGGCCCACCGCAAGUCGAGGCUUGGGUGUGGCAACUGUAAGAAGCGGAGGAUCAAGUGCGACGAGCGUAAACCAGCCUGUACAAACUGCAUCCAUCACGAUAUCGACUGCGACUUCAAAUCCUCCAUUCUCACGCCAUCAGCAUCGACCGGCCCUCAGCUAAGCCUGCCCCUCGAAGCGUCUCUCGUGUUUACGGCUCCAGGGCCUGGAGUCUCACCAGCAAACUUUCCCGCUUCAGCUUCCCAGCUGCCUCUUCCCGACGUUCUAUCCACAGAUCUUCAUACGCUGGAAACAAGCAACUUACAAGCUCUCAACAACCGCCUAGCCGGACCACUGGAUCUCUCGGACCUGGAACUGCUCCACCACUACACCACCUCGGCCUACAAACGCAUGACCCACGGUCCAGUACUGGAGACGCUAUGGCGGGUGACGGUGCCCGAAGUCGGCUUCGAGCACCACUUCGUCAUGCACGGCGUGCUAGCCUUCUCCGCAAUCGACCUCGCGCGAACGCAUCCAGAGCGCAGCGUCUACUACCUCUUGCAAGGGCACCAGCACCGGGACAAGGGGCUGCGGCUGGCUUCAGCCGAGCUCAGCACCAUCACGCCGCACAACUGCCACGCGCUGUACGUGUUCGCAGUCCUAACAGCCACCAUCGGCAUGAGCGCCGGCCCGCAACCCGGCGAAUACCUGCUGUUCGGGGCGCACGGCGUCGCGGCGUGGCUCGUCCUGUUCCAGGGCGUGCAGUCAAUCUUCCUGACAGCCAAAGACUGCCUCACGAGCAGCUGCCUCGGGGCCCUCUUCCGCGUCGGGUCGCGCAUGGCCAAGAUCCGGCAGGAGACGGCCGCGCUGCCCGAAGACGAGCACAUCCAAGGCCUGCGCCUCCUGGUCAGCGACGUGCUGGCCAACAAGCCCGACCGCCACGUCUGCGUCGCUGCUAUCGACGACUUGUCCCUCUCUUACAAGGCUACGCGGCGCAGCGAGCGCCCUGACCGCGAGAGCCAGCUCGUCUUCAUCUGGCUGUACCGCCUCUCGGAUGAGUUUAUCGCGUUGGUGCAGGCGCAUGACCCUGUCGCCCUGGCCGUUUUCGCUUACUUUAGCGUCCUACUGAAACCCUUGACGAUUAUGUGCUGCGAGGGCUGGACCCGGCAUCUCGUUUCGGGAAUCUAUUCUUUCAUGGACGAGAGGUUUAGACCCUGGCUUGCUUGGCCGAUGCAGGAGGCCGGAUGGUUCCCGAGCUGAGAGUGCUUCUUCGCUUCUCAUGCACGACAAUUUCUUGAGCCAGAUAUGGCAUGGCCCGCAGGGAGCAGACAUGAAGAUCUAUCGAAAACCCUUCCCCAACAGACCAAAAGACCAAACAGCCGUUUUAGACAAACACGACGACACAC